AUGGCUGCUAAAGGGACAAGUCUGUGCUCGGUGUGCUGUCUGCUGCUCUAUGUGGUCACGGCGGUGCUAGCGGGGCGCGACUUUUACAAGAUUUUGGGAGUGGAGAAGAGUGCAACUAUCAGGGACAUUAAAAAGGCUUACAGAAAACUGGCUCUUCAGCUACACCCCGACAGAAACCAGGACGACCCCAGUGCGCAGGAUAAAUUUGCAGAUUUAGGAGCAGCAUAUGAGGUGCUCUCAGAUGAGGAGAAACGAAAACAGUAUGAUGCUUAUGGGGAAGACGGACUCAAAGAAGGUCACCACGGCUCGCAUAAUGACAUCUUCUCAAGCUUCUUUGGUGAUUUCGGGUUCAUGUUUGGAGGAAACCGGCAGCAACAGGACAGGAAUAUCCCUCGAGGGAAUGACAUAAUUCUGGAUUUAGAGGUCACACUUGAAGAGGUGUAUUCUGGAAACUUUGUUGAGGUUGUACGCAACAAACCAGUAGCCAAAGAAGCUGCUGGAAAAAGAAAGUGUAACUGUAGACAGGAGAUGAGAACCACACAGCUUGGACCAGGCCGUUUCCAAAUGACACAAGAGAUGGUCUGUGAUGAGUGUCCCAAUGUCAAAUUGGUGAACGAAGAACGGACGUUAGAAGUUGAGAUUGAACAAGGAGUACGAGACGAGAUGGAGUAUCCAUUCAUUGGAGAAGGUGAGCCUCAUAUUGAUGGAGAACCUGGAGAUCUGCGCUUCCGCAUUAAAGUUUUGAAACAUCCAGUGUUUGAGCGCCGAGGCGAUGACCUCUACACAAAUGUCACUAUUUCACUGGUGGAGGCGCUCGUCGGCUUUGAGAUGGACAUAGUUCAUUUAGAUGGACACAAGGUACAUAUUGUAAGAGACAAAAUCACCAAGCCCGGUGCUCGGAUGUGGAAGAAAGGCGAGGGUCUUCCAAACUUUGACAAUAUCAACAUUCGUGGCUCACUAAUUAUUACAUUUGAUGUUGAGUUUCCGCAAGCACAACUAGACGACAAACAAAAACAAGGAAUACGGAAUAUCUUGAAGCAGAGUUCAGUACAAAAGGUUUACAAUGGACUACAAGGAUAUUAG